AUGAAUGACACUAGUGAAGAAAUGUUGAAAAGAAAAUUAAAUGCCUUAACCGGUCACGACAUUAAUAAUGAAAAUUCCAAGAAUUUAAAACGAAAUUGUUCAACAAAUGAACAAUAUUUAUUAAAUGACCAAGAAACUCAACAACUAACACCACCUCAAAGGAAAAAACCUGGUCGUAAACCUAAUCCAGCAUCACCUGAAUUACGCAAGAGUCAAAAUCGAGCCGCUCAAAGAGCAUUUAGAGAAAGAAAAGAACGUCAUUUAAAAGAUUUAGAAAAUACAAUCAAAUCAUUAAGAGAAAGUCAAUAUGAAUCAGCCGUUAAAGCUUAUCGUGAAGGUCAACAAUUACGUUCGUUGAUCGAACGUCUUCGAAAUGAAAAUCUUUAUUUGAAACAAGUUUCUGUCAAUUUUGAAAUGGUUCUUAAUCAUAUUUAUGGAGGAAAUGAUACAACUUCAAAAAUCAAGAAUACUAUAUUAUCUCGUAUUCAAUCUCUUUCACCAACCUUAAACUUUACCGCUCCUUUAUUGGAUAAUCAAGUAUCACCUAUUCCUAUUGAGAUGGAAUCUUCAGUAACGAAAAGCCCACCUAUUUCACCUAAUUUGAUUGAUAAGUCUAACGACAUUUUGAUAAAUAAUGACUCAUUUACUACCACAUCUGAUCUUGUUGUUCAGAAUCCUGAUUCACUUUCGGAAUCAAUAUUUAGUGAAAAUUAUGAAAUAUUCUCACCUAACGUUGAUGAAACAAGAGAUAUUUACUCCGAUUUCAACCUAAAUAAUAUCGUCCUUUCAAAUUCAGAAAUAUCAAGUGAUUUAUUUAAAGAACUUGACCAAGCAGUUCGACUAGGGAAAUUAGUUGGAAUAAACGAUAUUUAUAAUUCACCAGUUACUCCAAAAUUACGAUAUCCUCUUACCAAUGCACAAAUUCAAUAUUUAGCUUUACCACAUGAUAGACGAAUUGAUUUAAUUCCAUGUCUUCAUUUAAGAUCUAGAAUGAUUCAAUAUCAAAAUAAUUAUGAUCUUUAUGAUUUAAUUGAAUUAUUAAUUACAAAAUCUAAAUGUCAUGGAGAUCCAUUAGAUCCAGAUUCAUGGGAAUUACCUGAAGAUUUUUUUACAAAAUAUGAAUACUUGGUAUUUCCACAUUGUAGGCUUAAGAGUUCAUUAUAUCAAACUUAUGGUCGAUUACCAAGUGAUUUUGCAAAUUCAUAUCAAUCAAUGCUUUUACGAAAAAUUAAUACUACUACUUGA